UCCCCCGUUCUUCUUCCUCUUAAACACAUAUCCACCAUGAAUUUCCCAGACCUCCUCGAAGAUAAUCCAUGGAUUACAACUCAGAUUCAGACACCCAACAACGCCUCAUCAUAACCAGCCAAGACCAAGAUGAAGACGACGAUCACGCUGACGAAUCACAUUACAUAUACGUAAUCAACGCAAUACUAAGCGGCACAGCAAGGCUCAAUGUUCUAUUACCAACAGCAACCAUCCUCGCCUUUUCCAUCUUCGCUCCUCUGCUAACCAACGACGGAGCCUGCACCGCCCUCAGUAGGCGGCUGAUGGGUUCCUUCAUCUUCCUCCUCUCGGCAUCUUGCGUGUUCUUUGCUAUCACCGACAGCUUCCGGACACCGGCGGGCAGGGUGUACUACGGGGUGGCGACAGUGAACGGCAUGUGGACGUUCAACGGCGGGCGGAAAAAACCGAGGGUUCCGGCGGAUUACAGACUGAGAUGGGAAGAUGGAUUUCAUGGUUUGCUUUCGCUGGUGGCUUUUGUGACGUUUGCGGGAUCGCACAGGGACGUAGUGGGUUGCUACUAUCCGGGGAUUCCCAGGAAGGUGACGAAGUCCAUGCCGCUGGUGGUUGGGUUGGUGAUAGAAAAUCGUCGCUUAAAGCCGCCAUGCAACGCGUUUACGGACCGCUGCUAAAUGUUUUCCACCAGCUUCUUCUGUCGGUCAAUGCAAACCGUAGGUUUUGCCUCUAAAAGUACGGCAGAUUAAAUUUAAUUUAUAUUUGUAUAUUUUUAUUUAU